CUCACAAUGCACCUGCAGGACGGAGCCCCCAAGAAACACUACACAGAACAUCACAACACCGCACUCACACGUGACGAUCUCGUGACCAACACAUCCAUCCUAGCACACUGUCAGGAUCGUAGACGGCUCGUCACACUUGAAACAGUGUACAUUCGCGACAAAAAGCCAAUCAUCAACAUUCAGACAAAGCAGAACACAUCUCUAUCACUGUACGACAAAGUACUCGCGGCGGGUUGACUGAUUUAUCUGUCAUAUGCGCGUACGUAUCUCGCUAUGGUGUUUUUGAUGUGACCUUCCUUCGCGGAGGAUGAACGAAUGUGUUUAGGGUUAUAGCUCAUGUACGAAAACAAAAGUGUGUUAUUUUGUUUUGAAUGCUGUGACUCAUCGACUGAAUAGUUUUAGUAUCAUAUCCGUAAUAUUUGUUCCAAAAAUGUAAUUGAACCCAUUUAUCUCAAAGUAUGACUUCUAAAACUGUGUGACUGUAAUUUUCUUGAAAAUGAUCUCUGAUAGAUCGAAACGUCGAACAACAAUAUAGCUAUGAUAUUUUGUAUUUAUGACAUCUUUUGGUAAUAUUUUACAUUCUCACGAACCCGAACCUCGACAGUGCAUUCGCCGCCUCGAAAGUCUUAAUAAGAAGAAGAUAAGUGCCCAUUAUGCUGUUGUGUUUAACAAAACUUGCAUAAAAGAGAACCUGCUUCCGAACUAUUCGAAUCUACGAUUACACGAUCGAGCAGUACAGCAGGAGGACUUUGUCUAUAAGUUUAGACAGAGCUUGACGGGUGAACAGCUUAAAGCCAAAGAAGAUCUUAUUAAUGACCUUGAGGUAAAGAUCGAGGAAGAGAAGAAAAGAUAUGACACGUUCGUAAUAAGCCAGGACUUACGAAAGAAGACAGAUGAACUUUUGGACAACAUCUUGAUUGAAUAUGAACAAGUAGUGAAAACACGCAUCCUUAAGAAGCUAUCUCAUCUCUACAAAGGCCCUAUCGCUCUACCUGGUAACCCUGCGGGCUUCAUCAAUCUUUCCAGCGUCCAACUGACUUCUGAUCAAGAAAAGUUCCUGAACCUAGGGUUGAAUUGCCAUUUUUACCCAAAGUUUGACCCCCACAAGAAGAAGACUGAAAUAGCUCUACUCUUCGAUGACCUCUGCAAACUGCAUGAUAAAGGUCAGAUCACUCUUAAACCAGAAAUUCAACCUCAACUCCAAGCCGAAGCGGCCAAGAGACGGAUUAAGCCACAACACAGUGUUCUGACUCCAAAUCUAAGAAAAGCCGCACAAGAGCUGCGCAAUAAUGAUGACAUUGUGAUUAGACGUGCUGAUAAGAGUUCGAUCUUUGUGAUUCUCGAUAAGGAGGACUACUACAGCAAAGUGCGCUCUGUGCUACAAGACACUGCUAAGUUUAAGCGCAUCACUAGAGACACUACCGCCGCGCUAAAGACACGGGUUAACAAACUGGUCGAUGCUGCCAACGCUGUGGUUGAUGGGGUUCACUUGCAAAAAGUCACAGGCUCGUCAGGCACGGCGCCGACUGGCUCGGGGGGAGGCCGGAACCGUAGCAAGAGGUUGGCGAGUAUGGCGUUGGCUUCUCCCAGAACAUCCGAGACUCGGAGAGUGAGAACAGACGCAGACAGCCAUCUCCACUGGUCGGCCGGUCCGCAGUCACAGGGGCUGGAAGACGGACAAAAAAAAAACGCUGCAUCAGCUGACACGGCCUGGAGACCGAGUUUAUAGCAGCAACAGAUGGCCACACCUGAUAUGAG